AAAAACAUACACCUUUAUUCAAACUGCCAUCUCUCCAGAACACACUGAACAUUCAAGCUGCCAUUUCUCCUGAACACACCAAACAUUCAAACAUGAAUCUUCUCUUUUGUCUAGUGCUUUUCUCCCUCUUGUGUGUAAUCUCUUCUCUUCAGCAGGCAGGUACAGAACCUCUGUUUGCCGCCCUCAGUGCAGUCCCCAGGUGCCAGUGCCAUAAUCCUAUCAACCAAAUUCACCAUAAAUUCAUUGGUUCUUUUAAGGUUAACAGGCUAAAUGAAUACUGCAACUUUGAAGAAAUCAUACUAACCUUGAAAGAUUCCAGAAAAGUAUGUUUCAAUAGACAGACAAAGAUGGGAAAACACUUGAUUCGUUGCGAUAAAAGGCCUGAACUGAGUAGCCUAAAUGAAAACCAGACCAGUGGCAAGCCUAGAAGCGGAGGCAGAUUUAAAGACUAUGGAAACAACUCAGUGGAAAUAGCUAAACAUCCAAGCAGUGAUAAGAAGCAGAUGCAAUGCAUGAAAAAGUUUUUUAAAAAGAAGAAUCGAAAAGGCCAAAGAAAGCCCAAAAAACAUUCUGGUGUACCCACUUGACCUGUAACUUCCAUGCAAUAACUGUCUGAAGAUUACUAAUUUACUAGAAAUGGUACCUAUAAAGCAUGAUCACUUGUUUUCAAAUGUAUUUCCGUAAGGGCUUCUGCACCUUUCUUACAUCAAUGUCCAUUUCAUAUAACAGAAAGAAAGAAAAUACUGUUUGGGGGUACUAUGGCUCACUCCAAAUCUUACAGAUACCUUUUCAUUGUCUUUGCAUUCUGUUGUUUUGAUUGAAUUUUUAAAAAAAUAUUUUUUAAAAUGUCAUUUUACAUCUCGUUUCUGACUGGAAUAUGCUGUGACUUUGGUUUAUAAAGCCAUGGUAAACACAGGAAAGACAGCACCACCAUGUGUACCAAAGGAAAAGGUACAACUAAAAAUGAAAAUAUUUUUAACGGCUAUUCUCCAUAACCAUAUCUGAAAAAUCCCUUUGGAUGGCUAAAUAUUAUAAUCCUUCAGGGAUGAUGAGUAUAAUUUAUACAUGCUGUAUUAGGCAAGAUUUCAGAGAAUUGCCAAUGGUUAUCCACUGUCUUGCUUCUGUUACAGGCCUUAGUGCCGAAACCUUGCUUUGUAGAUGAUUUAUAGUGAAAAAUAUUUGUAUUUGUAAAACAAAUGUACAAACUGACAACAUAUACAAAUACUGUUUUGUUCCUUUUUAUAUUUUCUUAUAUGCUUGUUUGGAUAGCAAGCAGUCUUUCUAUCAGUACACGAUAGGAAAACAAACUACUUCCUCUUGUCAGAUUUAUUAAGGGUUGAAUUUAUUUUAUGGUCUACUCUAAACUGUCAAAAUCAACUAGGGAAUCAUCCAAACUGGAUUUAAGUUUUUAAAAAAUUUUAAUUGGAUUUUCGAGAUUUAUCAUGCUCUGGCCCUUAACAAGUGUGAUAAAGGGCCUAGCCUAGCCCGAAACAUGUUGUGUCUGCACUUGGAUUUCUUUUGAAAAACUUGAUCCGUAAGAUUCAAAUAGUAAUCUAAUCGAAUACGAAUCAAAUACGUAUUGAAUACGAUUCGCGUUUUCAGAUCAAUAAAAUUCAACCGAGUUUUAAGAAUACAAUAUUUAUAAUAAAUAUCCACCAGUCACAUUUCGAAUUCAAUCGAAUUUAAGGGAGUUUUAUAAAAACUCACAUUAAUUCGAAAUUCUACCCUUGAUAAAUGUGCCUCCCCAGGUGAAUGUCAAUCUGUAUGGCAUUUCUCUACAGAUAUACAGAAAAUAAACUUUUUAUGCACACAAAA